AUGGUAAAACUGGGAACUCACUUAUUGCAGUUGCUUUACUGGGGCCAUUGGGACUCUAGCUUGAAUCUCAACACCCGCAACAUCCGAACGAAGAACGUGGGUCAGACUCACCAUUGUUCCGUAUGUAGUACUAAGCCCAAGCCCCAGUGCUACAGGGAACUACAUUUAGCCUUCUGCAUUGCUAAAAUAGAGUUGGAAGGUAAGCCAGACAUCUGUGGUGAGCGUUUUUGCCCGAAGAGCCCGGACGGCUGCGGGAUUCAUCAUUACAAGAACGGCUUCAAUGAGAUUAUUAAGGACCAUUGGAAGAACAUUAAAUCCAUUUCUGAAGCCUUGGAGGAGUUGGCACUCGCCAAGAAAGCUCAGCAGCUGGCACUGGAAUCAAAGGAGCCUGAGUGUAAACCGGACAUUGACUAUGAACAAUACAACCAGCGGAACAAGGAGAAGGAAAUGGCUGCCAAGCGCGAUAGGCAUGAAGCCAUGACCAAGGCUAGGGCAGAGUUCAAUACGAAAUCCAACACUAAGGCUGGCACUAAGAUGAACCAGAAGUACGGGACUAAGUUCGCGAAGAUGGCAGCAAAAGCCACGAAGGAGGCAAAGGGUGCUAGCGUGCGGGAUUAG